CCUGCUUCUGGGUGCUUCUCAGACUACUAACCUGACCUUCCAGGCUGGGUACAUUACGUGGUCUUGGCAGCGGCGACUGGCGAUCGCGAGAAAGGCACGGCACCUGCACACGAAAUCACGAAUUCACACACUGGAACCUCCCGUCUCAGGUCAGGUACUAGACACAGUCCAUGACGCAGUACGAGGCAGCAGCCAAACCCAGCAGCCCGCUCUCGCUGUCUGAAAAAGGCAAGGGUCACCGAGGGCGAGAGCGAUGCUGGUCACCCCACUACGAGCAGCCCCGUCCAGCGAAUCACAACGUCGCCUGCAAGAGGUGCUUCUGCUCUACCCCGCGCCUUCCCGAAAGAUUCCUGGUCCGCUGGGCUAGCUUCGCUGUCGCUGUCCAACAAUGUGCCUGAGGAGGGUCAGCAAUAACAAAACAGCCACCUCCUGCCACUCUUCCGCCCCUUCCCUCUCCCUCUCCCUCUCACUCACUCUCUCUGUCAUCCACUGACACUCUACUACAUACUCUGCUCAUCUGCAGCACAUCUUGCACACUUACCCGUUGUAUACCACUACCACUACUCCUCCUCUUCCUCCUCCUCCUCCUCCUCCCACUCGUACAACUACCUCUAGAAACACCAGCACCAUGGGAGAGUGCCCAAUCAAGACCGCACCCGUGGGUGGUGGCGGAACCCGAAACAGAGAUUGGUGGCCCAAUGAGCUGCGGACCAGCAUCCUCCGCCAGCACACUGACCGGACCGAUCCCUUUGGUGGCAAGUUUGACUAUGCCCAAGCAUUCAAGAGCCUCGACUACGCUGGCGUCAAGAAGGAUCUCAAUGCAUUGAUGACCGACUCGCAAGAGUGGUGGCCUGCUGAUUUCGGCCACUACGGUGGUCUGUUUGUCCGAAUGGCAUGGCACAGUGCAGGCACGUACCGUGUAUUCGAUGGUCGGGGAGGUGGUGGCGAGGGACAGCAGCGCUUUGCCCCUCUCAACUCGUGGCCCGACAAUGUCUCUCUGGACAAGGCUCGUCGACUGCUUCUUCCUAUCAAGAUGAAGUAUGGCAACAAGAUCUCCUGGGCGGAUCUCUUCCUCCUCACUGGAAACGUUGCCCUGGAAUCCAUGGGCGUUAAGACGUUUGGUUUUGCAGGCGGUCGUGCUGACACAUGGGAGGCUGACGAGUCCGUCUACUGGGGUGGCGAGACCACCUGGCUCGGAAACGAGGUUCGAUACUCGGACGGCAAGGAGGGUAUCGCCGGCCAUGGUGUCGUCGAUGGCGACCAGUCCAAGAAGGGUCAUGCCGACAUUCACUCUCGUGACCUCGAGAAGCCGCUGGCGGCUGCUCACAUGGGUCUGAUCUAUGUCAACCCCGAGGGACCAGACGGUGUCCCUGACCCACUCGCAUCUGCCCGUGACAUCAAGACCACAUUUGGCCGCAUGGCCAUGAACCACGAGGAGACUGUGGCACUGAUCGCUGGUGGCCACGCCUUUGGCAAGACUCACGGCGCUGGUCCAUCUGAGAACCUGGGCGUUGAGCCCAACGCUGCUGGCGUCGAGGCACAGGGCUUUGGCUGGCAGAACAAGUACAAGUCUGGCAAGGGUCCAGACACCAUCACAUCCGGCCUCGAAGUGACGUGGACCAGCACACCAGUGCAGUGGAGCAACAAAUACCUAGAGUACAUGUACAAGUACGACUGGGAGCUGACCAAGUCGCCAGCUGGUGCCAACCAGUGGGUGGCCAAGACGGACGACAAGAUCAUUCCUCACGCAUACGACCCCAACGUCAAGCUGAAGCCCACCAUGUUGACUUCAGAUCUCGCUCUUCGCUUCGACCCUGAGUUUGACGUCAUCUCCCGCAACUUCCUCGAGAAUCCAGACAAGCUCCACGAUGCUUUUGCACGUGCGUGGUUCAAGCUGCUCCACCGUGAUAUGGGUCCUCGUUCCCGAUGGCUCGGACCAGAGAUCCCCAAGGAGGUCUCGUUGUGGGAGGACCCCAUCCCCGACCCACCAGCCCAGACUAUUAGUGAGCAGGACGUCGAGGCUCUCAAGAAGCAGAUUCUCUCCACCGGCACCGAGCCCACCAAGUUCAUCUCUGUUGCCUUUGCCGCUGCAUCUUCCUUCCGUGGAAGUGACAAGCGCGGUGGCGCCAACGGAGCUCGCAUUCGCUUGGAGCCACAAAAGAGCUGGGAGGUCAACAACCCUUCGCAGCUCCAGGAGGUCUUCGGCGUACUGGAGAAGGUGCAAAAGGACAGUGGAAAGCAGGUCUCGAUGGCCGACUUGAUUGUCCUGGCGGGAAGUGCUGCCAUUGAGCAGGCUUCUGGUCUCAAGGUGCCUUUCAUUCCCGGCCGCACUGAUGCCACCCAGGAGCAGACCGAUAUUGAGUCUUUCUCCCACUUGGAGCCUCGCAUCGAUGGCUUCCGUAACUACGGCAAGUCGACCUCUCGUGUCUCGGCCGAGCAAUUCCUCGUCGACCGUGCACACCUCCUCACUCUAUCGGCACCACAACUCACUGCCCUGGUCGGCGGUCUCCGCGUGUUGAACCAGAACUAUGACGGUUCCGCACACGGUGUCUUCACCAAGACACCCGGCCAACUCACCAACGACUUCUUCAAGAACCUCCUCGACCUCAACACGGAAUGGAAGCCUACCGGCCACGAUGUGUUUGAGGGAGUGGACCGCAAGUCUGGCUCAAAGAAGUGGUCUGCCACCCGUGUCGACUUGAUUUUCGGAUCGCACCCCGAGUUCCGUGCCAUUUCGGAAGUGUAUGGUGCAGCUGAUGGAGAGGCCAAGUUCAAGCAGGACUUUGUCGACGUUUGGGUGAAAUUGGCCAAUGCCGACCGAUUUGAUCUGACUUCUGCCGCAAGUAAGUCGAAGCCUCGCCUGUGAGAAGAAAGAGAACUAAGCGACGGAUUGGGACGAUGGUGACGGUGGAAGCAAGUGGCAAUACGAGGAAAUGACAGAUUUGGCAAGAUUGGAUUUAGCGAUUCGUGCGGUGUGAGGGACCAUUGAUGGUUUAUGUUGGUCCCGCAUAUGAGAUAUCAUGCGAGAUGACUUUUUGUCUCUGACUCCAUGUACAGAGUUCAAUGGAAAUGAAUUAAGUGAAAAGAAUGUGCAUGACUUAUUCCUGCUUAUGUUUGAGUGAUUUGCAAGAGCGACUACCUUUUGUGUUACAGUGUGCCUUCUGUUAGGUAGGUGUAUCUGUACUUUUU